UUUAAGUAAAUGCGGAUUCUUGACUCUCAGGAUCAUUCAGUGAAUAAUUAGUUAGUCAUUUCCGCACAGAGUCAGUGUUGGGGAGCUCGCUCUUCAUCAUGAAUUGCUCACAAAGACCCCGGGAUCAAGAGUUCUCUCCAAGAUGCAGUUCUGUUGAUCAGAAGAGAUCAGAACCAGAGUCCAGUUGUGUGUCUAUGAAGAGUGAUGACUCUAUAGGUCAUCCACCAAAUCUCAGUUCAAUUCAUCAGAAGAGAUCAGAACCAGAUUCCAGCUGUGUGUUUAUAAAGAGCGAUGUUUCUUUGGACCAUACAGUUAAGAGUGAUGACACAAGGUAUCACUAUAACCUCAGGCAUGACGUCCUUAAGACGUUCAGAUCAAAUCUGCUGAAGAAGUUUGAGCAUCUGUAUGAGGGAACAGCGACGCAGAGAAACCCAACACUCCUGAUUGAGAUCUACACAGAACUCUAUAUUACAGAGAGUGAGAGUGGAGAGAUCAGUAAUGAGCACGAGGUGAGACAGAUUGAGACACAAUCCAGGAGAGCAGCAACAGAAGACACAGCCAUCAAAUGCAGUGACAUCUUUAGACCUCUACCUGGACAAGACAAAGACAUCAGAACUGUGCUGACAAAGGGAGUCGCUGGCAUUGGAAAAACAGUCUCUGUGCAGAAGUUCAUCCUGGAUUGGGCUGAAGGGAAGGAGAAUCAGGACGUCCAGCUCAUAUUUCCGCUUCCUUUCAGAGAAAUCAACCUGAUGAAGGACAAAACACUCAGUCUUUCAGAUCUUCUCCAUGUAUUUUUCCCUGAAACCAAAGAAAUGGAAAUAUCCAGUGAAUAUAAAGUGUUGUUCAUCUUUGAUGGUCUGGACGAGUGCCGUCUGUCUUUGGACUUUAAGAGAAAAGUGAAACUGUGUAAUAUAUUGGAGUCAGCCUCAGUGAAUGUGCUGCUGAUGAACCUGAUUGUGGGGAAUCUGCUUCCCUCUGCUCUCAUCUGGAUCACCUCCAGACCAGCAGCAGCUGAUCUCGUCCCCUCUGAGUGCGUCCAUCGAGUGACAGAGGUACGAGGCUUCAACGAGCAACGCAAGGAGGAAUACUUCAGGAAAAGAAUCAGUGAUCAGAGCCUGGCAGACAGGAUCAUCUCACAUCUGAAGUCAUCGAGGAGCCUCUACAUCAUGUGCCACAUCCCAGUGUUCUGCUGGAUCUCAGCCGCUGUUCUAGAGAAGAUGUUGAGUCCAGCAGAGAGUGGAGAGAUUCCCAAGACUCUCACUCAAAUGUACACACACUUCCUGAUCCUUCAGACCAACAUCAAACAUGAGAAGGACUAUGAGAAGAAGGUGACAGAUGAAGAGAUGAUCCUCAAGCUGGGGAAAGUGGCUUUUCUGCAGCUUGUGAAAGGAAACCUGAUCUUCUAUGAGGAAGACCUGAGAGAGUGUGGCAUUGAUGUGACUGAAGCAUCAGUGUACUCAGGAUUGUGCACCCAGAUCUUCAGAGAGGAGUUGGGCUUGUAUCAGGGGAAAGUCUUUUGCUUUGUUCAUCUGAGCAUUCAGGAACAUCUAGCAGCUCUAUAUGUGCACCUCUCCUGGACAAACCACAACAGAAAUGUGUUUGAGACUAUCAACAUACAGAGUUUGUGGUGUAAAGUGAAGGACUGGUUUCAACAAAAACAUUCAUCAAAACAUGUUUCAUUAUCUGAGCUGCAUCAGAGAGCUGUAGAAGAGGCUCUACAGAGUAAAAAUGGACAUCUGGGUCUUUUCCUGCGCUUCUUUCUGGGUUUGUCAGUGGAGUCUCAUCUGAUUCUCCUACAACGAAUGACGACUCUGAAAAGAAGCAGCUCUGACAGCAAUGAGAAAACAGUUGAGUACAUCAAGAAGAAGAUCAGGACCAUUGACUCUCCAGAGAAAUCUAUCAAUCUGUUCCACUGUCUGAAUGAACUAGGUGAUUGUUCACUAGUGGAGGAAAUACAACAGUAUCUGAAAUCUGGAAGAAUAAAGGAAACCAAUCUUUCUUCAUCUCAGUGGUCAGCUGUAGUUUUUGUGUUGUUGACAUCAGAGGACCAACUGAAUGAGUUUCAUUUUAAUAAAUUUGUUAAAGGAAAGUCUAUUCCUGAAAAUAUGGAAGUUCUUCAGAAGCUGCUGCCUGUGAUUAAAGAAUCUAGAUCUGUUCAGUUGAGUAAUUGUGGUAUCACAGAUGAAGGUUGUGCUGCUCUGGCUUCAGCUCUGAGCUCAAACCCCUCACACCUUAGAAAACUAAGUCUGUCUGGGAAUAAACUAGGAGAUUCAGUGAAGCUGCUCUCUAACGUACUACAGAAUCCUCACUGUAAACUUGAGACGCUGAGGUUGAUUAUUUGUGGUAUCACAGAUGAAGGUUGUUCUGCUUUGGCUUCAGCUCUAAGAUCAAACCCCUCACACCUGAGAGAACUGGAUCUGUCUGGGAAUAAACUAGGAGAUUCAGUGAAGCUGCUCUUUGAUGUACUACAAAAUCCUCACUGUAAACUGGAGAAACUGUGGUUGAGUGAUUGUGGUAUCACAGAAGAAGGUUGUUCUGCUCUGGCUUCAGUUCUGAGAUCAAACCCCUCACACCUGAGAGAACUGGGUCUGUCAUGGAAUAAAUUAGAAGAUUCUGUGAAGCUGCUUUCUGAUGUACUACAGAAUCCUCACUGUAAACUGGAGAAACUGAGGUUGAGUUAUUGUGGUAUCCCACAAGACGGUUGUGCGUCUCUGGCUUCAGCUCUGGGAUCAAACCCCUCACACCUAAAAGAACUGGAUCUGUCUGUGAAUAAACUAGAAGAUUCAGUGAAGCUGCUUUAUAAUAUGCUACAGAAUCCUCACUGUAAACUGGAGAAACUGUGGUUGAGGGAUUGCGGCGUCACAGAUGAAGGUUGUGCUGCUCUGGUUUCAGCUCUGAGAUCAAACCCCUCACACCUGAGAGAACUAAAUCUUUCACUGAAUAAACUAGAAAAAUCUAGUAGAAAGUUACUCUCUAAUCUGAGAAUGGAUCCACAUUAUAAACUGGAGAUAUUAUACUGUUGACUCAGUAUUUAGCCGUCAGUCCAGUUUC